AUGCUGCGGGCCACCGUCAAGCUGUGCUGCGGCAUCGCCCACGACCACCUGCGCGGGCCGCCCGGCCUGAAGACGGCGGCGGCGGCGGCGAGGCGGAACGACGUGCGGGGGCUGCUGCUAAGAGGGUCCCAGCGGCUGCCGUCUAAAAUCCCCCGUUACCUCCAGCGGCUGAUGGGGAAGGACGCCGCCGCGUGCCCGGAGCCUGAAGGCGACCUCCGCGCCGGCCGCUUUUCCGGCGUGGACCUGUGCUACGUGAAGCAAGGAGAAAGGGCGCUGCAGAGAGCGCUGCGCAUCCUGCAGCAGCACGACGGCUGGCGGGCGGAAACCACGCCGGACGCGGGCGCGGCGGUGUGGAGCGCGGCCCUGCCGGGGCUGGGCCGGGUGUUUCGGGCCGAGGCGGUCCUGAGCGCGCCGGUGGGGCGGCUGCACCGGGAGCUCUUCGAGGAUGUCGAGCGGAUGCCCGAGUGGUACCCGGCGCUGAGCCGGGUGCAGGUGCUGCGGCGCGCGGGGCCGGACACGCUGCUGACGCACGAGGUGACAGCCCGGAGCGCCGCGGACCUCGUGGGCCCCAGGGACUUCGUGAGCGUGCGGCACCGCGGCGCGACGGGCGCCGCCGUCUACCUCGUGGGCACGGCCGGCGGCGGCGAGCGGCUGCCCCCGCCGCCGGCGGGCUGCGUCAGGGCCGAGUCCCGGCUGAGCUGCAUGAUCCUGCAGCCGCUGGCCGGGGACCCCAGCCGGACCCGCCUCACCUGGCUCCUCAGCAUGGACCUCAAGGGCUGGAUCCCCGCCUCCGUCGUCAACCGCGUCCUGCCGCAGUCCCAAGCGGAUUUCAUCGGCCGCCUCCGGCAGCGCCUGGCGGCUGCGGCGCAUCCCUGA